UUGUUUGUUUUCAACACGAGAACCUUAAUGGGAAAAUGUAGUUUGAUGUCUUUGCAGAGUAAGCUCUAUUUUAAUAUUUGUAAUACUGUAUUAGUAAACUGUAUAUAUCAAUGGCUGACACCGUUAAUCCUGGAAACGAGGGAGAUCUUCAAUCACAAAUUGAAGAGGUGGAGGCCUUGUCUUCCAUAUAUGGUAACGAGUGGUGUGUCGUAGAUGAAGCGUCUAGAAUAUUUUGCAUCAAAAUAUCAGACAACUUGGAGGAACCAAAAUUGACAGCAUGCCUGCAGAUUAUUCUCCCACCUGAUUACCCUAGCGCAGCCCCGCCUAUCUAUCAGAUGAAUGCACCGUGGCUUCGUGGCCUAGAGAGAGCCCAAUUGGCAAACAGCCUGGAAGACCUUUAUAUGGAUCAUGCUGGGGAGAGCAUCCUGUACCUGUGGGUGGAAAAAAUCAGAGAAUUCCUCAUCGAGAAAACCCAAAGUUCAGAACCAGUGGAUCUUCUGGGAAAUGUGAACAUGACAGCUGAAGAGGAAAUGGACGAUGACAAGGACCUACCGGACUACAGGACUUUGAAACAGAACACAGAAAAUGCACAUCUGUUCAUGGAUCAUGCAAAUGAUGAAGAGCUGCCUUCAAUAAAACAUGGAACGACCAUCACUGACCGACGCAGUACCUUCCAGCCUCACUUAGCCCCUGUGGUGACUCCCAGACAGGUUAAAAUGGUCUUGGAGAAGCUGUAUGAAAACAAGAAGAUUGCAAGUGCCACUCAUAAUAUUUAUGCCUACAGAAUCUACUGUGAGGACAAGCACAGCUUCCUGCAGGACUGCGAGGAUGACGGUGAGACAGCGGCAGGAGGGAGACUGCUCCAUUUACUGCAGAUUCUAGAUGUGCGUAACGUGAUGGUGGUUGUGUCUCGAUGGUUUGGAGGUAUUUUGUUGGGACCUGACCGCUUCAAACACAUUAACAACUGUGCGAGGAACAUCCUCAUACAGGAAGGAUACACUGCAUCCUCGGAUCAAAAGCUCAAAAGGUCGAAAUGCAAGAAGACGAAAUGAUUCUGAAAAUUAAAACACUUUUGUUGAAGAUCA